ACACACCAACACUCACAUACAAAGACAUUAUGUAUUCAAUUUUACAAUAUUAAUCGAAUCAAAAAAAGAAAUUCGUAUAAGAAAAAAGAAAAACCACAAAGUUUCAUUGCUAUUAAUUGAACCAUUUUCUUGAAAUACAAGAGCAAAAUCUGAGUUAGGAGGAAUACAAUGAGCUUCUUCCCUCGGUCAGCCUCAUCAUUCAGAUCCUUCUUCUGCUCGUUUGACCAGUUCCCCGUCUCUUCAUCGCCAACUCUUGGUAAAAUUAAUCGGUUCAUUCCGUUGUACUUCAUAUCUAGAUAUACUCUAUUAUUAGCAAAGCAAGAAAUAAAAUACCCGCCAUUUUCGGUUUUAUGUUAUCAUCGAAUUAGUCAUCCACCUCUCAAAAUGAAAUUGAUCAUCUCUGCUUGGAAGAAUCUAGGGUUUUACAAUGUUAUUAUGAUCAUCCACCAUGGAAGAUGGCUAAAAACCACAUUCAUCCUUUCUCAACAUUAACAUCCUUAUCAAAAUUCCGUCCUCAUCGUCCUUCAUUAAUCUCUGUUAUACCUACAAAAGAACCUAGUUGGUAUUGGCCACUUCCAGUUUUCGAACCUGGUGGAGGAUUUGUUGCAAUAUGGAAUCGUACGUUCCUGGUUAUAUGUUUCUUUGCAUUGUUUCUAGAUCCAUUGUAUUUUUAUCUACCUUAUGUUGGUGGCCCGGCUUGUUUACAAAUGGAUAUUACAUUACAAGUUGCUCUUACGACGUUAAGAUCCUUGGCGGAUUUAUCUUAUUUGUUUCAUGUCUUGAUAAAAUUUAGAACGGCUUUUGUUGCACCAAGUUCUAGAGUUUUUGGUAGAGGUGAGCUUGUUAAGGAUCCAAGGGAAAUUGCUUUGAGGUAUUUGAAGUCUGAUUUCUUGAUUGAUCUUGCUGCAACUCUUCCUCUUCCUCAGAUUGUCAUAUGGGUUAUCAUGCCAGCUGUGAGAAGCUCGACAGCUGAUCAUGCUAACAACACUCUUGCGCUGAUUGUUCUCAUUCAGUAUGUUCCCAGAUUGUUUCUCAUUUUCCCUUUGAACCGAAGGAUCAUCAAAACUACUGGGGUUGUUGCUAAGACUGCUUGGGCCGGAGCUGCUUACAAUCUUUUGUUAUACAUGUUAGCCAGUCAUGUAUUAGGAGCAUCCUGGUAUCUCUUGGCUGUUGAGCGGCAGCACACCUGCUGGAAACUUCAGUGCCUGAAGGAGGAAACCAGAAAUUCUAUGUUGUCUUGUGACCCUAUGUUUUUGGAUUGUAGCACUAUAAAUUGGCCUCAACGGCAAACUUGGUUGAACGUGACUGGUGUCCUUGCUACUUGUGAUGUUAGCAAUCCUGAGAUCAGCUUCAAGUAUGGGAUGUUCGAGGAUGCUUUUUCUAAUGAAGUUGUAUCGGCACAUAGAGUUGAGAAGUAUUUUUAUUGCCUUUGGUGGGGUCUGAAAAAUUUAAGCUCAUAUGGUCAGAACUUGUCAACGACCACUUAUAUUGGAGAGACAUCAUUUUGCAUUCUAAUCUGUAUUGUGGGUCUGGUCCUAUUCUCACACUUGAUUGGUAACAUGCAGAGCUAUCUCCAAUCUAUGACGGUGAGAGUGGAAGAAUGGAGAAUUAAGCGAAGAGAUACGGAGGAGUGGAUGAGGCAUCGGCAACUACCUCUUGAGCUGCAAGAACGUGUUCGGCGGUUUGUUCAGUAUAAAUGGCUUGCCACAAGAGGGGUAGAUGAAGAAUCCAUUUUGCGUUCCCUGCCUUUGGAUCUUCGUCGUGAAAUUCAAAGGCAUCUAUGUCUUGCUCUUGUGCGCCGUGUUCCUUUUUUCUCACAAAUGGAUGAUCAACUAUUGGAUGCCAUAUGUGAACGGCUAGUCCAAUCCUUGAGCACGCUAGACACCUACAUUGUUCGUGAAGGUGAUCCUGUCAACGAGAUGCUUUUUAUCAUACGUGGGACUUUAGAAAGUUCCACAACCAACGGAGGAAGGUCAGGUUUCUUCAAUUCCAUCACUCUUAAACCUGGGGAUUUUUGUGGUGAAGAAUUGUUGACAUGGGCGCUAAUGCCUAACUCUAGCCUCAACCUUCCAUCCUCGACUCGUACUGUACGCUGUCUUGGUGAAGUUGAAGCCUUUGCGCUCAGAGCGGAAGAUCUCAAAUUUGUCGCGGGUCAAUUCAAACGACUUCACAGCAAGAAACUCCAACAUGCUUUCAGGUAUUAUUCACACCAAUGGAGAACAUGGGGAGCUUGUUUUAUACAAGCUGCAUGGAGGAGAUACAAGAAAAGGAAACUAGCUAAGGAACUGGCAAGACAUGAGAGUAUGUUCUACAUGCCGAAUCCAGAUCAAGAAUAUGGUUAUGAUGAUGAUGGCGCGUACGAGGAGUAUCACGUUGGUGUGGCCGAAGAGGGUACUCCAUUGAUUGAUAGUGGAUCAAAUACUCAACCACAUCUUGGAGCCACAAUUCUGGCUUCUAAAUUUGCUAAGAAUACAAGAAGAGUUGUUAAUCAAAAAGUACAGGCCAAUGAUCCAGCUUCUACAAGCUUAAAAAUGCCCAAAUUGUUUAAGCCAGAGGAACCAGAUUUCUCAGCAGAUGAUGUAUGAGUUUGAGUGAGUAAAAGUGAGUUUCAAUGGUGGAUUCAGAAGGUUUAGUUAGGUGUUGUUCUUAGUUCCCAUCUUUGUUUUUGUAUAGUUCAGUGUAUUAGUGAGGUUAAUAUACUAACUUUCGUAAACUAUAUACCCUGCUUUGUUUUCUUUAAUUCUUUCUGGCUUAUAC